CGGUCAGUCGAUUCCAUUCAUGGAAAAUUGUAAAAACCUUCCGCGAUGUGAGAAUAAUUCCAAGCCUUCCUCCACAUGCUGAAUAAAUAUUUAAGUCGUAUCGCAAAUGAAGUGAAAUAAUCGAACCGCAAAGCGGCGAAUGAUCCUGUAAUUUUGGCAAGUCAUAAAUAUCGUAAGUGAUAAUUUAUCACAACAAACAAUUGACCUUGGAUCUUAUUGAAUGAAAUUCACGAGGCUGACUGACGUAAAGUUAUGCGAUCAAGUGUCUUUAUCAGAGUAUCAAUAGAUUGCCAAGGGCAGAUUGCAUUUAAAAGGAACUGAAGACAGUUUCUCGAUACAUUCGUUUGCCAUUUCUCGAGGAAGGAAGUGAAUAAUCGGAAAUGCGAGGUGAGCACUAAUCUCUUCUGCGCUAAUAUAAUGAAAAUACAAUCACAAGAGUUUCGUCUCCUCAUGAUGACACUAUUCGUAGGAAUUACGAUGCUGUUCUGGGGAUUUGCUGUACUUUGCGCAGCGAGUGCUGUGCCACUGCAGAGGAUACAUGAGCAAAUGACUCCCAGCGAAAGAAUGCAGGCCUUCAAGACGAUGGGCGACGAUGUUGUCGAUUAUGAAAUCACCUCAAUCCACUGGCCGCGAGUGGAGAAGAGGUCGGCGGACGGUAGCACUGGAAUCUACCUGAGGGCUUUCGGGUCAGACAUUGAACUGUGGCUACAGCCGACGGAGGGAAUUCUCGUUGGCUACGACACUCCAGUUUACCUACUAAAAUCAGGGGACUCUGGCCCUGAUUUAACAGAGUACUCCGACGUAAUGGAGAAGCUUCAGGCAUACGAAGACUUGAAAAAGUCAGCGGCACUCGUGGUCCGUCAGAGAGACGAUAACAGUCGGGCAAUGAUUGGAACAAUAGCAUCUGAAAAUUUGGUAAUCACGCCAAUUCCCGAACGUCUCGUCGAGGAGGUCAAGAGGCAGCGCAGAUCAGUGGACGAUAUUCCCGAGUCCGAGCAAGACGAUCAUCAUUAUCACAUUGUCUACAAGAAAGCACCCCCUGCGGUCGAUCAAAAAUAUUCUGAAUUACUAAUGGCAAGUGUCGAUUACCCAAAAUUAUCGGCAACUAAAACACCGGAAAGACCCGACAUCGUAUACCCUGAGCUUCUAAUCGUCGUCACUCACGAUCUCUACAAAAAACUGGGCAAAGAUUUUUGGUACGCAACUGCAUACAUAGUUGCAUUCUGGAACAGUGUGGAUCUGAAAUACAGAUACUUUGAGAAUCCAAAGUUCCGGCUGAACAUAGCGGGUAUCGUUUUGACUGAGGACGAUGAAGUACUGGACUACAUGACCGCCAAUGAAUACAGUGAAAACGUAACGAAAGGAAGUGAAGCCGUACGCGCAAGCGGCCCCUACUGGUACGCGCGUAAAGAAGACAUUCCACUGGACGCCUACGACGUAAUCGUAACGAUGACAUCGCGCGAAUUGUGUUCGUUCUACGCCGGGGAGAAAAAGUGUGACUCAGGAACCCUGGGGGUAGCAUUGGUUGGAGGAGCUUGCCACAGAAACGAUUACUACCAAGAGCAGUUUAACGUUGCGAUUAUCACUGAUUCAGCCGCAUUCGAUGGAAUUCACACGGCUACUCACGAGCUCGGUCAUUCAUUUGGUGCUCUGCACGAUGGAAUUAACCACAAAGACUGCCCCUCCCAAGAUGGACACAUAAUGGCCGGUUCUCGACGUGUCACCGAGAACUCGGCCGAAUGGUCCAAGUGCAGUGUGAAUGACAUUCAAGAAUUCCUCGAUACGAAUCCCACUUGUCUCUACAACAAGCCAAACCACAGAGCGCCCCUGCCGAGAUACCUCCCAGGAAGAUUCAUGAACGCUGACAAGCAGUGCGAGAAAUUGGAGGGGACCAAGGCCUGCGAGAUAAACGCUGGUAUCUGCACAAGGCUAAGCUGCAUAAACCCAGAGCGCAAUGAGUACUGCACGAAAUUGGACAUUGCUGCUGCUGAUGGCACAGAAUGUGGUGGUGGAAAGAUGUGCCUCAACGGAAGAUGCAUCAGACCACCAAAAUUUUGAGAAUACGAAGGCAAUUGUAUAUAUUGUAACAAUGUAAAUAAAUCACUGAAAACAAUUCGA